AUGUGUCAUCCUUACUGCCUUUUCCUACAGGUGGCCUCUGAGAAGGGCGCGGUCUGGGGUCUGCUGACGGAACGCCAAUUGCGUCUGGAUCUCUGUAUGCAACUACGCUUGUUUGAGGCUGACGUACACCAGUCACUGGAGAAGCUGCGCCGUGAAGUGCCA